GCAAGCCGGAAAUACGUUAGUUAACUACUCUUCUCUCUUCUCACUUCCUCUUCUCAUAAUCGGCCUUAGGACACUGAUAAGUUAUUAUCAACUUAAGUAUUAACUUAACGUUAGCGGCGGCAAGGGGAGAAGAGGCGAGCGAGGUCUGUUCGAAUUCCACAGUUCUUCCGCUAAAUAUGUAACUUUUUUGAGACACAGGACACCACGAUGGCCAUGGUGAGGAUCAUGGCUUGAAACCCAGCUCCAAUUUCUUCUUCUUCUUCUUCUUCUUAUUAUUCUUCUUCUGCUGUUUUUGGAGAUAGCACAGAGUUAACAACAAAUAACUUAAAUAAGUCUUUUCAGCAAGGAUCAUGCCCAUCGAUUGGCCGGUUUCCAAAAAUCUAAAAUUUUGAAAUAGAAAAGCAAUUUGAUCUCAUUUACCACUGUAACAAAGACGGAGGAUUGGAUUGGUAACAACAAUUGAUAGCCAAAAAUGAAUGGCCCAAGAUCCGAGAAUGAGCUGGCGCCCUGCAAGCAGCACGACGGGCUAAGAUGAAGAUAUUUAUUUUGUUUUCCUGAAGAUGCGUCGCAUCAUUGGAUGGAGCGCGGUUUCAGCUUAUUUCUUCAUGUCCAUGUCGAAGGGGCAAGGUACUUCAAGGCUGGAUGGAGUAGUUAAGGUUAUACAAUAUUAACGCGCACAUUUUCAUCCCCUCCAACAAUUUCCCAUCCUGACAUUGUCCCUUGACCAUGACCUUGACUGCCAUUUGUUUUCGUCAAGAAGAAAUAUGAUAAGGUGAAUGAAACCCACGAAAAGUUCCUCAAGCAGUCAGAAGUUAAUAAAAGUGAAGCCAAGGAGCCACCAACCCGGGCCCCAUACGCGCAAACUACAGUACAUCGACGCCAUUUUUAGUUCACAUGCGAAGAAUUGUGCCUUCUCGCCAGGAAGUUUUCUAAUGAAUCCAUCAGAACCAUGUUAUGUUGCUGUGACUUCACCAGACUCAGCAUCCAGGAACUGCCAGGGACUACUACUGUCAUGGAAGUGCGGGCGGAUGUUGUUGGCCCAUGAGGGAUCGGAGCCGUGUGAGCGACCGAGGGGGGAUUAAGUGUGGCUUCCCCCGCUUAGUUAUUCCAGCCAUCGCCCCUCGGCACUGGCUGACGGUCACAGAGGAAAAAAAACAUGAUGCUCCGGAUCAGAUCUUUUGCUUGGAAUAACACGCAUGCCAAGGGGAGAUUGACAUGGAUCGAUCUGCGCAAAGAGUCCAACCGGCCACAAACCUCUCAUCAAUGCUCUCUCUCACGCGCGAUCUGCUCUUCCCUAGCCCGACCAUCGACACAAAUCGAUCGGCCUCCCUCCCCCCAGAUGUCCCAUCUCGCUGGCGAUCUGUUGGCAGCGUUCUUGGGAUUUCAUUUCAUUUUUCUUUUUCAUGUUCCCCACAAACCAUGUGGAAUGGAGGAUAAAUCUCAAAGCCGACCAUGAAAGACAUCCUGCAUCCGGACUUUUUCUCAAACAAAAUCACCCACAGCCAGCCAGCUGCCGAGCUCCAGUUACCCGACUCGGCUGCUGGCUUUAAGCGAGGUUUCAAGCUUCAUUAUUAAUAACUCUUGGUACUAACUAUGGCUGUUCUCCUCUGGCCCCUAGCUUGAUUUCCAUUGGUUAAUGCACUUCCAGGUUCCCAUCCAGGCCCUUGUGGAGAGGGGAUGAAGAAGAAGGCCAAAUCAGAGAGAAGAGUCUCAGCUCGGAGUUUGGCGUUGCGUCGCGCGGAAAAGGGGUUCCCUGGGUUCCAAUUCUUAAACCUGCAACCGGACUCAGUCGAAGCAUCGCAGUCACAGCCCUUUGGAGGCCAGCCCGCCCUGCUGCCCCUGUCCCCAAAAUCCUCCAUCCCCGGCUGGAAAGUGACAAUCUCCAGGGAUCUUGGGUUUCAGUAAUUUGGUUAUUAUGAAUUUGACUGCUACUGAUAUUUUUUUUUCUCCCACGAUGCCCUUCUCUUGUAUCUUUCGAGAGAAAACUGGGUCUGAUGGGCAGCCAUAAGUAGGUUUGACUUGUCCACCUUUCCAGGUGUGGAGCAUAUCUUCCCUCCCCUCUCAUUUUUACUACCGGAUAGGCCAAUUAUAUGUUCCAAGGCCCCCCCCGUCUGGCGCCAUCGCUGGGCCCCUCUUUCUUGAUAUGCCAGGAUCAACAUGAACAGUGUAGACGAUCAGCCGUGUUAGUCACCGCAUGUGGCAAGGCGUUUGGGAAGCACUCAAAUAAUAACUGUUGCCCACCUUCUUCAUUGCGUUCUCCUUCCUUCUUUAGCAGCCUGCAUACAUAAGUCGAUUUUUUUCUAGACUAAAAUAACAGGGAGUAUUUUCGGAUUACAAGGAACCAAACUGAAGGGAAAGAGGUCCAUCCAGCCCAUGGCACUGGGUGCAUUUAAUCGGAUUUCUCUUAAACCCUGGAUCCUCGCCGUGAUUCUCUCCUCUUGCCUUUCUACCCCUUGGUACUUUCGAUGAAGGCAGAAACGUGGUUGAUUAUACCCUUUUUGAGUGAGAAACUGGUCCCUCUCGGAAAGCAUAUCAAGCUUAUAAGGAGUUUGAAAUCCAAAAAGCCAGAGAAAGUGGGCGAAGAUGUCUUUAUCGGACCCCGAAUUUGUUCAAAACUUCAAGACUGAGACAUGGACACUAUAUGGCGUGGGCAUGCUUGCUAUUGCCUGUCGGGGCGUUGCCCGCGUAAAGCGACUUGGAUUUGGCGGCUUGCAAUUAGACGACUACCUCAUGCUCACAGUUGUCUUUUGGUUUACUCUUCUAUGCGUUUCGAUAAACCAAGUCAUUAGUGGCGGAGGCUCCAACCUGUUAUCCGAAGAAGAAAUAUUGGCACUCACUCCUGAGACGACGGCAGCGCGUAUCAGUGGGAGUAAAUGGGUAUAUGUCUCUGAACACAUGAUGGUCCUCACCAUCUGGACCAUGAAGUUUUGCAUGUUAAUAAUAUAUGGGCGUAUCACGAACGGAUUGCGCCACCGAAAAUUGGUUAACUACUGUGCCAUAUACACUGCAGGGUCAUUCGUCGGAAGUGAACUUGCGCUUUUUCUCAUAUGUCGACCGAUCACGGAUCACUGGGCGGUGCCCACACCAAACUACCAGUGCUCGUCCUACCAGUAUUACGAAAUUGUCAACGGUUGCAUAGGCAUCACCGGCGACAUAUUUAUGCUUCUCGUAGGCAUCCCGCUCCUCAUGUCUGUCCGCCUACCGCUGAAACAGAAAGCCAUCCUGCUUCUCAUCUUCGGGCUCGGCAUAUUCGUCAUCAUAGCCGCCCUCCUCACCAAAAUAUACUGCCUCGUUCCCUCGUUGAUCUCCUACGUUUAUUUGAACUGGUACUUCCGAGAGGCCACUGUUGCAGUGCUCGUGACAAAUCUACCUCUCACUUGGUCUUUGCUGCGCGACAUUUUCCCCGCACUCAAGAAUUGGUCCAGUGGAGGAUCGGGUCCAACAGGUCGCCUUGGAGCAUCACUAUCUGCACCAGGGCGCUCGUCACGAGGAGCACUUCAGUCUAUGGAUUACAACCUACAAUCCUUCACCCGAUUGACAUCAACAGUCGACACAGGAAAGUCCGCCAUGAAUGGAAAAGGCCAUCACAGCCCUACCGCAAUUAGCAGUGAUGACGACAAUUCGGUGCGUUCGUUGCAUAUCAGACAGGAUGUUACCAUCACAGUGCAGUCGGAAGACGCGCGGGAUGGAAGCGAUAUAGGAGGGGAACACCAUCAAAAUCUUAAUGACAGCCCGCCAUUCCAACCGAUUACCCGACCUACACGGCCGGCACAAGCUUUCCCCUAUGGUCAAUGGGACACAUCGCAUAAAAUAUCCAGCGAUGAAGUUGGCCAUCCAAAUAUGAAGAGCUAAGCCUGCAGAAUAUUUUAUAUGAGGGAAUGGGCAAAUUUUGUAACGAGCCUGGGAGUUUUUGGCGUUUUGAUCCUAACUGUACCUGUACUAAUUCCAUCUUGGGCACCGUGAGGAUUUGCAUGUGGCAUUUGGCCAUUUGUCCAUUUGUCUACUUUUUCACAGGGAGGUGUAGAAAGGCAUAUAGACAUUUGAUGUUUGUUGCUUGCUUAGAAUUAGGUGUCUGCAUAUUGUCUGUAGUUCUUAUAGCUGGUGGCAUUUGAUCAGCUCUAGUUCAGUGUAUACAGUAUAGAAAUGUAAAUAUAGAUUGCUUUAUAUCUCAGUCUGUUUGUCUAAACCACCCGCUCAGUGAGGGAUCCAUUGUUAACAGCACAUCCCUAAAACAGGGCUUUUUGUUUAUCAAAAGAUAUAUAUGUAGUCAUAGAAUAGUUUUAGAUAUGAUAAAAUCAGCAUUCUUUUCUUCUAAAAGUGAAAUGAUCCGGAGUAGUUAACUGUUCAACGUUUGUAAAAGAUA